AUGGAAGAGCGUGCAACGCAGCGUGCCACUAGCGCACGUAGCGAUCACUACGACGGCCUCCUCCCUUUAAAUCCUUCCCCGUCGAUUCCGUCCUUUGUGAUCACCACCUCCGCACCGACGGUCGUACUGCCCUCCUCCUCGUCCACUGUUGCCUCGGCGGUUGGCACGCCGCUUGGGGAGACGUAUCCGCAGUCGCUCGCAAGUAGCUUCACGCACGCCUUGUCCCCAGGCGAUCGUUCUCUCAUCGCCACGAGAUCGCCGUCGAUGCAGCGAUCCAGCACCGUGACGUCCUCUGCUGCGCCGUCCUUGCCCAGUAAUUGGGUGGGGCACGACCCGCCCAGUGGGGACAAGGCGCCGGUCAUCGCCUCACUGCCAGCUGCGGCCGCCACCGUGUUCGCCUCGUUCCUCCACCACUCUUCCGCCGAAACCACGCCCGAUUCCUCCCCGAUACUGCAUCCUGGCUCCGCAGCCUUGACCACGAUGAGCGCGGUGGCUCUGCAUGAUGCCGUGGAGCUGGAGAAAACGGAUGCUCAGCUUUUAGCGGACCUCUGUGACCCCAGUCGCCAGUGGACCCCACGCUAUGUAUCGACAACCUCUAUCAUCGCGCCGACACCCUCCCUAGAAGCAGGCAAUGCUGGUGCCCCUAGUUCGGACUCCGAUUCGUCGUUGCCGGCAGCUCUGCGGCGCCUCUUCCGCCGCACGAGUGCCUCGAAGAGUGUGCAGAGCAGGGAUGAUGGUGCUGAUGCCACCCUCACCGCAGGUGGCGAGCACGAUGACACCGCUCUCCUGCACGCAGAUGCUCAAAGCGAGGUGCACACCGAUUGCAGCCGCAACUCCGGCGGCGCCGGCUCCCCACGCGACCCGUCACCCGUGACAAGCAGCACCCCUGCCAUUGCCCUGGGGAUGGCACCCAUGGCGGCCGUCACGCCAUCGUUCGAGGAAGGCCUACAUCAACCUCCCGUGACGACUUGGUCCUGCGCCACUGCGGCCAAGGGAGAAAGCUCUGGCCACACGGCAACCGCAGCAAGUACUCUAGCGCCGCAGCCGCAACCGCGACAGCCACGCUGCGUGGCCACACAAGAGGACUGCGAAAGUACCAGCAGCCAGAGGCAAGGGCCCCACAUCUCACCCCGUGCGCGGUCGCAGGCGUGCCUGAGUGUCCGCUCAGGUGCAGCAACCGUGCCUGGCCAGUCAUCGUUGUGUUCGCCCGUGUCACCGACACCGAAGCGGCGCGUGCGCCUGGGUGGCGCCGGCAAUGUCUUCGCAGGCAAGCCCACGCCCUUCGUGGCCACCAACCACUUCUCCAGCGCGGUUGAGGUGCAGAGUGGCCGACACGACUCCAACGCCAGCAACUCCGUCUCCUCUGAUCUUGGCAACUGCGUGGACAACAAGGAGCUUGCAGUCGACGGCUCUGUAGGGAGCCGGCGCUCGGCGUUGAGAGCGGCGCCGCCUGAGGCCGUUACUUCCUUCAGCACAGCCUCCGAUACAGCGACGCCGCCAGCGCUUUCAGUCAGUGCAGAUGCCUCUGCUAGCUGUCCCGGUGCCCAGACCAUCGAUGUGACUGGUGCGGCAAGGCACUCACCGUCGGCCGACGUGCGGGUCAGUGGGGACGUGGGCGCAAAGACGUCGAUGACAGAAUUAACAGCGAAGGCGGAGGAGCGCUUUCCCAGAAGCAACCGAGCACCGUUUCAUAUCUUCAAUUUGGCGCCACCACACCUUGGCAAUUUCCCAAAGGCGGCGAUCACGAGCACAGCGCAACCCUUCACCUUCGCCCACACCUCGCUAGCCAAGUCAAGCGCGACGAGUAGCACCUAUAAAAGCAGAAGACAACGCGUGCGGGCGAGCAGCCAACCAGUUACAUCCUCAUGCUCGCUCUUCACCCGCAGCGGUGCUACAGGCGUCUCUACGUCAAUGGCAACGAUGCAGCGCUGCCACACGAACGAAGACGUGCAGGGUAACAGUCACGGCAGCCACGGGGGUGAUGAGCACGAAGGCUGGCACCGAAGGGCGGCACAUCUGCCUCCGCCGCCACCACCGCCGUCGCGUAUUCUGUCGCCGAUGCUGAGCCCCGCGGCACACAUGGGUGGUGGAUUCUCGACUUUUGCGCAAAGGGCUCAUGAGCAUUACCACGGACUCGGGUGUGAUGCUUCGGCACACCCCAGCGCGUCUCCCCACAGCUCUGGAUGCGCGUCCCCCGAGCAGGAAGGCGCACAAGGUCUCCGCGUACAUUACACACCGUCGUCCGUAUCGUCAUUCCUUGCCCGCACCGAGCCCGCCGUAGAUGACGACGAUCGCGGCUUCAGCGGUGGCAGGUCGGUCGCCGUCCCAAAGUUCGGUAGCUUCUCGUUUUCCACGAAUAUCACAAACACGCCUCGCCUCUCCGUCGACGACUCCGCGUCUCGAAUGUCGUCGCCGUCGACAGUCUCGAGCACAAACCGUAACUCCUUCAUCGACCUCGCCCACAAGUCACCGCAGGAGCACCCGCCUCACCAUUAUCUCCACAGCAACAGAUCCGCUUCCACGCUGGUCCACAACGUCCCGGCGUGCGCGCGCGAGUCGCCGACAUUGGAGGUGGACGUGUUGCCUAUCACGGUGGUGUCCCUCACAAGUCUGCAGCGCAGUCGCGCAAGCGAGGCGCGUCUCAGUAGCAGUGUUGUCAGCAGCGACCAGCGGUGCUCGAGCAACUCUGGUUGUGACAGCUCCUGCGGUUGCAUGCAGAUGCACAACGUCGAUGACGAGCAGGGUUUGACGGCGCCGGCCAGCGCGACUCCGCCGCGCGGCGCAGCGUCCACCUUCGUGACCUCCUCUGUCGCCUCCCUAGCAGGAACAGUGAUGAGUAUUGCGGGCCACCCGCUCACAGUGCCCUUCUCCCCCGGAAACCUUACGGCACCCAUGAGCAGAAAAGGCAGCAACUCCACGUUUCAGUUGUCGCCACCGAGUGCCUCGACGGGUCACUCGACACCAUGCUUGCAGGACGGCUUCGUGAUGCGGCCAGAUGUGGAGUCAGUGCAGAGGGUGCUGCAAGGCAAGGUGCCGCGCAUGCCGGGCUGCUCCAUACGCGACUGGGCCGCGCACCUGCGUGCCAAGGAAGAGGAAUUGCGCAGACAGGAGCAGAAGCGUCACCACGCGCCUCACCAUCGCACCAGUGGAGACGCCACUCACUUUAGGGGUGGGGCACCGCCCCCAAAGCCGGCCUCCACGGCGGCCUCACGAACUGCGCGGCUGCCGCGGAUGACGCCGCAGGCGGUCGCCAUCCACAACACACCGGAUGACUUGUGGAUCGUCAUCCGAAACGUCGUGUACGACUGCACCGCCUUUCAGCGCUAUCACCCUGGCGGAGAGAAGUUACUGCUAGCUUGUGGGGGGCGUGACGCCACGGCCGUGUAUGACCGCUUCCAUGCGUGGGUUUCGUGCGAGAGCUUUAUGGCCCCGUACGCAGUUGGUGUCAUUGCCCCCUCAGAGACCCGAUGA